AUGGAGUCUUCACAAGACUCAGCACGCACGACCCUCUGCGACGAAGAAAAGUUCAAAGACUUUUCUGACAUCGACUCAGAAGAUGCGCCAUCAUUGAUGCAGCGCCCCUCACGCUCCAGCUUCUUCCGGAUCAUAGUCAUUGUUCUUUCGGCUAUAGUUGUAUCGCUCGCACUAGUCUACGUCACGGUAUUUUCCCAGAAGAAAGGCCUCAAGUACGAUCAAUGCGGCACAACAGCCGACGAAGCGCGAGCACGUGGAUGUGUGUUCGAGGUUACAGGAUUCACAUGGCUGCCGAAAGAAUGUCAAGAUACAGAGACUGAGGAAGAGUUCCUCCAGUAUCUUGUUGACAACAACCUGGAUAUCUACCGCGAUACAAAUUACACGAGCACUGUGCCCAUCGAGGAGGUUCGCCUCGGAAAUGGCCCAGGCUUCUUCGUCCGCCAGCAGUACCACGUAACGCACUGCCAAUUCUUACUGAGGAAAUUACAUCGCGCACAAACGAGCGGAAGGAUGAUAGAUGGACAAAUAAUGCCGACACAUCACACAGUGCACUGUGGCGAACAAACACUCAAGGUUAUUCAGAACCCUGGGUGGCGUGAAGAGGCCAUUCAGCUCUCGUAUACGAAGUUCCCUUAUUGCGGCAAGCCUGGAGGCUACAAUGUGGGCUGGGAUCAACAGCACGGGAAACCAACAGCGUGGACGGAUUCAUGA